AUGGGUUUCUCGAGUGUGAAAAACGACUCGCCGCGGUCAUCAAGAUCGCGCCUUUCAGAUGAAUCCCCUCUAUCGUCGCCGGAUAGUUUCCUAGGUCACUAUCCUUGGCCGAGCACCAGCACAGUCGCUCAUAAGCGCUAUGAAUCGACUCAUAUUUUAAGCGAUGCGGAUAAGAAGAAGCAAAUUGAAGCCUUUUAUCGUGAUCUUAUCUGGUCGGAUCCUUCAAUAGCAAAGGAUGCUCUCAGAACGCAGCAAGGGCCUCGAGCGCCCAAGACCUGCGAAUGGAUCAUGGGUGUGCAGGAAGUUAAGAACUGGUUGAGACCCGAGACAGAACAUCAGCAUGUUUUGUGGCUUUCUGGUAAUCACGGACGAGGGAAAUCGACCAUGGCCGUCUAUCUCGCUGAAAAGCUUACCAACGACUUUGCUACACAUCCCGCCAACACUUGCGCCUACUUUUUCUGCGGCUCAAAAGACGUGUUGAGAAACAGUGCCCAGGGAAUCCUCCGAGGGUUACUCUCGCAGAUCUUUCAAAACCACCCCCAUCUUCUCAGUGACAGAAUCCGCCGAAGACAUGCCUACCGUGGUGCUCGAGUAUUCGAGAAGCCCCAAGCGCUCUGGAACUUAUUAGUGGAGGUCGCUUUCAGAUCCGACCGUCGUAUCUUCUGUGUCAUUGAUGGGCUGGAUGAGUGUGACGCAAAUUCUCGAACAAUCCUUUUGGAGCUCAUCGAACACACUUUUCAUGGCGAGAAGCCUGCUUCAAACCUCUGCCUUCUCAUCACAAGUCGACCGAGUUCAAAGAUCUACGAGUAUCUGGGCGAGUUUGUUCACCGAGACCUCGAUUCAUUUUCCCAGUCAAAGCACGAUGUGGAGGUCUUUAUUAACCAGCGAGUUCGGCAUAUCGCAAGCAAGCGAGGCUGGUCAGGCACAAGCACCACCCAAGUGAAGCGCGUCUUCCAAGCAAAAUCAGAGUAUAACUACCACUGGGUGCGUUACGCCAGCGAGAGCAUCUGUAAGCUCCGAUCUGCCGAGGAUGCCAUCAAAUUUCUCAAGGGACUGCCCAACGGCUCUGAGUAUCCCACUCAUGGCCCAUCGUUGAACCAGAAAAGAGACAGCGUUGAGCAUCUGGGGUUCGGAAACACCGACGAAGACCGUGAGAAGCACCACGCCCGGAUCAAAUCGCCAUUUGUCAGUGCGAUACUGACCGGAAGAGUCGAAAUGCUGGCAUUUCUCCUAAAAAAGGGCGAAUCUUUGACACCAUACACUAUACAGGCUGCAGCACGAUGGGGAUGCACCGGAAUGCUUCAAACAAUCAUGACACUACGACAAGACGAAAUCUCGCGUGACCAGGAUCUCUCUUGCGCCGUGGCCGAGUGUGCCAGUGCUGAGAUGAUGAAACUCAUUUUCAGACACCCAGAGUUCAGAUGGAGCGACGCCGCAAUGAUCGGAGCCACAAGGAACGAACGACAUGGACUCGAUGUAAUUGCAUUGUUACUGAAGCUGCACGGUAACGGUAUUGAACUCGACGAAUGGAUGAUGGGCAACAUUGCCAGUGCCUGUCACCCAACGGUUAUGGACUACCUUCUGACCCAACACGGAGGACGCAUUCAAAUUACCACAACCGUAGCUGAGCGAGCCAUCGAGAAUCGCCGGGGACCAUCUAUGCUUAGAAUCCUUCUCAAACACCGCGCGAACGAAGGCUUCGUUGACGAAGAACUCAUGAUUCUCGCACUGGCCAACACCCGCUGCCGACCAGACUUCAUGGCCAUCUUCCUCGAAAUGCCAAGGUCUCAAGUCCUGUUCACCAAAGAAGUUGUGUUGGCCGCAAUUGCCUCACCAGAGAAAGACUCAGAUGACUGGGCCCCCGAAGUCCUCGAAAUGAUUCUCAAGAACCGGGCCGACGAUGUCGAUAUUGAUGAAGAAAUCGCCAUCGAGGUCUUGUGGGAGCUUGGAUAUCCUGGUCUGCAAGUGAUUUUUGAGCAUAAAGACGAGAGCGUUCGGGUGACGCAAGGACUCCUUGACGCUGCAGCAGGUGUUUGUUCAGCGAAAGAGUUUCCACAGUUGGUGGAGAGAGCCGAAGAUGACUUCAAGAUCACGCAGGACAUGCUGAUAAACACGACUCUCAAUGUGCGACAUGGCGAUAGACUCCUUCCUGUGAUGCAGAGAUAUUUAAAGAGCUCUUUGAAUAUCGGCCAAGACGCCGUCGAGGCGUUCCUCAAAGCAGGACAGAACGGAUUCAAGAGUCUACUCGUUCUUCUCCUGAGAGAACGCGGUUGCAGAGUUAACCUUAGCAGGGGCGCUCUGCGCUCAUGGAUCCGCGAUGACCAGGUGUACCGUGGCAGUCUAGCAUUUCUCUUCGUUGCACUUCAUUCUGGAUGGUGCAAACUGUCAGACGAAGUAACUGGUUCUAGAUGUGAGAGAUUGGAAGCUCUUAUUAAGCAUUACGCUGAAUUGGAUGAUGUAAGGCAGACUUUUGCCGAAGCGAUGGAGCGCUCCAAGAAGGAGAUCCAUGGGCGUUGA